GGCCACUCAAAUGGAGCACAGUUCUUUCCUGGUGACCAUAACUAGUUCUUGCUCUCUUUCCUUUGCUCCACAUCGACAAUAUUAAUGUCAUCGAGGGAUCCCCUUUGGUUUUGCCAUGAAUGCCACACUGAAAUGACUCCACUCAUGAUGCCAGACCCCAUCUGUGCAAACUGUCAGGGCUCUUUUGUGGAGAAGAUGGAAGAUCCAAACGAUGAUCCGCGUCAGUUUCAACGCCCCGUACACAGAGCCUAUGAAGACGAAUAUCCCUCUGGCAUGGAUAAUUUCUUACAUGGCUUGCACGGUUUUCUGGGCAUUCGGCAGGGCCCGGCAGGACGUGGUUCAUCAUCCGCGCAGCGAUCUUCUGCCGCUUCCCGUAGUUCUGGAGGGGCCCCAGCGCGCGGUGGCUUCCGGUUCGAAUUGAAUGGGGGACCUAGUGCGGGCCAACGCGCCUUCAUUUUAGGUGGACCCAACACUCUUGGUCGUCCAUCAGAGCAAGUUAACCAUAACGUGCUACCAAUGUCGGAGUUUCUUCGUCCCAGGGAUGAUCUUGGACAACCCCAUAACGGCAGUGAUAUCACGGGGCCAUUGAUGGCUCAAUACCUUAUGGCAAUGUUGGGUCAUGGUCCUAGCAUGCGGGGGCCUGAUCCUUUCGGCGAAUUGUUCAACCUCGGUUCUACCGAAGGAGGCGAUGGCGGUGGACGUUGGGGAGACUAUGUCUUCAACCAAGAAGCAUUGGACCACAUCAUAUCGCAGCUUAUGGAAAAUUCAAACUCGGGAAGGCCAGUGCCGGCAACAGAUGAAAUCAUUGAGAAGCUCCCCAAAGAGCUGCUGGAAGAUAAGUCACCCCUCCUAGAAAAGGAUUGUGCUGUAUGCAAGGAGACCUUUAAACUAGAGACAGAAGACCCAGACGAUCAAGUGGUCGUCUCUCUUCCUUGUAAACAUCCUUUUCAUCAAGGCUGUAUUUUACCGUGGCUUAAAUCAAGUGGGACCUGUCCAGUAUGCCGAUAUGCGUUGAUAGCACAGCCUCAGUAUCAUGGGUCAGCUGCUAGCCCAGGACCAGCAUCUGGCGGAAGUUCCAAUAAUCGCCCUCAAAGCCCUCCAUCAAACAAUCCAUCGAGGUCACGGUCAUCCGGAUCCCGUCGAGAGGGGAGCAUAGGUAGUGAUCUAUCCAACACAGUAUUUGGUGGAGGUGGUAGUUCGCCUUCUCGGGUUGACCGGAACUCGAGGUCAAAUCGGCGAUCCAGUGGGCCAACAUCACGAAGUCCGCCUUUUUUCCCCGGAGGCUGGCACGAGUAGUCAGGCAAAUGAACGUGAGCAGCCUAACCACGAUGUGUAGGCCACUGUUGUUUUUGUUUCCUGUUCUUAUAUGAUACAAUUAACGUACUGGGCAUCCCGUAUCACAUUCAUAGAUUUAUGUACUAUCUCUUCUCCUGUUCGCUUAGUCUUCCGGGAUAUUUCUGGGGACUGAGCAUAAUAUUUCAUUCCG